AUGCGUACGGUCGUGCUCUUUGCUGCCGCCUCGUUCGCCUCCUUUGCCGCUGGCGUCGAGGACGUCGAGGUGCACGUCAUGUCGUUUAACAUUCGCACGUCACAAGCUUCGGCCGACGCCGGGUCUGCCUGCGGCAACUGGAAUGGCGUUCGCAAGGACAACGUCUUGCACAAUAUCAAGACCAUUGGAGCCGACUUUGUCGGCACACAAGAGACUUCCGACGCGCAGAAAGUCUACUUGGACACAGAGCUGGCUGGAACUUACUCGGUCAUUGGGGACACCUCGGGCUCUCUCAAUGGUAACGCUGCUGAGUGGAACGCCAUGUACUACCGUUCAGACACGUGGACACUGCUCACGCACGGUAUGUUCUGGCUUGGACCGGAUCCGAGCACAAUGUCUGCGGGGUGGGGGAUGGCGUACUACCGCACGUGUGUGUGGGGUCGCUUCCAGCAUACUGCCACCGGGGCGUCGGUGUGCGUGUUAAAUACGCACUACGAGACUCCUGGCAACGACGAAGCACAGAAAAGUGGCUCGAACAUCAUUCUUGAACGCAUUAAGGCCAAUUGCGACGCCAGUGACAGUCUAGUUGUCGUCACGGGCGACUUUAAUGCACUCAAGAGCUAUCCGGCUAUGCAGAUUCUGUUUGAAAAUAACCUGGAAGACCCGUCGGAUGAGGGGACAUUUUGCGGUGACAUGCUGUCCGCAACGUGCUCCGUCAAGUAUGACUUCACCUUGUUCCGUGCCCAGAGCGAAAACGCUUGCCACCUGAAGUCGGAGAUUUCGCGCAUUGAUUACGAUGGAUGCUACUCGUCUGACCACGCUGGACUCGUCGGCUCGUUUUGUCUCCAGGGCUCUUGCUGCUCGAACAACACGUCAUCAAGCUCAGGCUCGAACGACUUGUCUUACCUGGACGACAGUGUCGCAGGUGAGAGCGAUGUGGUUGGUACAGUGCAAGCAAGCAACACGGAUGAAAGCGGGACAGUGACAGGGCAAGCCCGCGAUCUCGGCCACGCCGGGAAGGCACCACAGUCUGCUACUCCUCCUUCUUUGUCUGGCGAUGCCCAAACCAUUUCCACAUCUUCAGAGUCUGGGCAUCACACCUCGAUCAAAGUUGGCGGUAUUUUAGGCUGUGUUGGUGUGUGCGGUCUCAUCGCUUUCGUGGUCAUUCGGCGAAAGAACAAACUUGAGAAGCAAACUCAUUUGGAGAAGCUGGACGACUCCAGCGCUACUGGAUACGUUGGAGGCGCUAGGGCGAUGCAGUCCAUGUCCGGCAUGCUGGCUUUGUCUCCGGCGAAAGAGGGCACAGAGCGAGUGUCCAACUCGACUAUUCCGGAGCUUGUGGCAGUUCCUUUCAGUAACCGCAUCUCGUCAUCAUCCUCCGUCUUGGUGUCGAAUUCCGAGGAUGCUCGACACGUUUACCGGAUUACCGAGCUCGACCCGUCCAAUGGUGAUAGUAACGAUAUCAAUGGACAACCGAUUACUCAAGCAAUGGGUCCGGCCGACCCAGAGCACCCGUCUGCACUCAGCAACUCUGGCGCGGAGAUCGAGGACAACGCGGGCAUGUCUAUCAUAAGUUACGGCAACUCGUCCGUGUCAAGUAUCAGCUCCGCUGAAUCGUACAGCAACUCGUCUAUUGCUAUGAGCAAAGUCGACUUCAGCGAGAUCUUUGCGUCGGAUUCGUGUGUCUCGGACGACAGCGCGUUGGCCAAGUCGCACACUGACUUCGCCCGACUAUAA